UUUAAAAAGUAGGCAUGGAGAGAAAAUUUCACAAACUAAUAUAUCCCUAGCUAUAUUAGGAUAUUAUUGUAUGCUCUGAGACAGUUUUAAGACUUGUGUGUUGAGAAUUUGUGUGACUUUUAUGAAUAUUUCGUUAUAGCCCAUAUAACUGAGCCAGAAAAGGACAUUGUGGAAUCUCAUAACUGCUCUUCUUCCAGCACUCCUUCUUAAUUUGUACAACAUGUCUGAUAAGCCAAAGGUGUACCAGGGCGUGCGGGUGAAGACAACGGUUAAACAGUUGCUGCAACAGAAAAGAGCUCUCCAGACAUCAACUAAAACGGUUAGAAUGAAAUCCCAAAGCUUGGUGAGUCAGGAUGUCUGCGUCUCCUCCUCCUUGUCAGGCCAUUACUUUGAUUAUUUCCCUGAAGAGAUGAAUUCCAACUGCAUCUUUCAGCCGCGGUCCAUUCCAGAGAGCAACGUCCAGAAGGACAGCUUCGAUAAUCAACACUUGAUAAGCAUGAUGAUCCCCAACGAGACCUACAGCAGUGGUAUUCUGCAUCCCGCUACCUCAACAACACUUUGGCGCCAGGAAAAUCACUCCCCGAAUAUGGGCUAUUACGGCCAUGGCAUGGCUCCCAGCUCACCAUCAGGUUCCCUGAAUAUGUCAAGUCCGGUCGAUUACAAUAGUUAUUCGCCACAGGAGUCUUACUCUUCGUCGUGUUACAACUCUCCGACGAGGCUGGACUUGAGUUAUGGGUUUGUUCCAGAGCACUACCACUACCAGAACUGCAACCUCCAGGAGAGCGUCUCCACUCCAGAAUACGCACCUUAUGGCACAUCAGACUAUGUAUACGCCUUGCCUGCGGAGGACAGCUACUUCAGGCGUGAUUUGUCAAAUUCAGAGAUGUGCUACCUUUGAAUAUUUAUUCGGUCUUUGUUGUCUGUGUAAAUACAGUAUAGUGUACAGUCAAAACAAUGUCUGUAACUCGAUGUCAAACGUUGACACUUGUGGCACUUGUUUUGAGAUGUAGGCCUGCUUUGCAUUUCAGAGUGUUUGCGGUCGAAGUUUCCUCCGAGUGUCUGUUUUUGAUAUGAUUGGAAUAAUGGUUUUAGAAUUCCCGAGAUUGGAUAAAUGUUGGAUAUGUGUGGGCUUAGUGCUAUCUUCUUAGUUAUUGACUUUGAUAUUUAAGCAAUAAGGCACGAGGGGGUGUGGUUUAUGGUCAAAAUACCACGGCCAAGGGCUGUUCUAAUCUCGAUGCAACGCGGAGUGCCUGGAUAUUGGCCAUAUACCACAAAUGCCCUAGGUGCCUUCAUGCUAUUAUGAACUGGUUACCAACAUAAUUAGAGCAGUAAAAAUAAAUGUUUUGUCAUACCAAUGGUAUAGGGUCUGAUAUACCACGGCUGUCAGCCAAGCAGCAUUCAGGGCUUGAACCAAGUUUAUAAAUAUAUAUAUACAAUUCUAAUGAUGUCAUCCUGCUUUUUUACAAGACAGUAUAUUUUUUCAGCAUAUUUUUUCUUAUGGAUGCAUUCAUUUUGUAAAUGAAUUGAAAAGCCUACCCAAAGGAAAUUAGCAGCAUCAUCCCCUUCAACUCACUAUUUAGUUUCCCUGUGCAGAUGCACACCGAUGCUUAGUUAGAAACAUUAACUUAAAUAGAUCAAUCAUUCAAAUAAAAGUGUCUAAUAAACCAAGAUAAAUUACAAUAGACAAACGGUAAUGAUCUAGAAUUUUUUAUAGUGCUUGUCAUUGCAAAAAUAAUCUCAAAACCCACUGACAAAAGAAGAAAAACAAAACAAUAAGGUUAACAUUGACCGCUCUUGAUGUGGAAAAAUGAUCUUCCAUGGAGGCAGACGCAAGUGCACGUCGCAUCAGGUCACAUCCAACUCAAGAGACGCCUGUCUCCACUCUACCCUCCUUGCACACCAUCCUCUGCCUCGGGAUCCAAGUCUCCUCCGAGGCCGAGAUAAAGCGGGGUUGAGCAGGGAUAGAAGUAGGCCUGCCUGUCCAAAAUGAUCAUAUUGUUACAUAUUACCAAAAACACGCACCAAUAAAAGAUAACUACUUGGA